CGCCGGGCGCUGAGGGAGGGGGCUCCGCCGCGACGCGCCGCGGGGACCGACCCCCUUUCCCCGGCAGAUGCUUCGUCGCUGAUAAAUUUCACCAGUCCCAUCUGAGCUCUCCAGGGAGCCCGUCACCGUUCGACAUGUCCAAGUACAAACUGGUUAUGCUAAGGCAUGGGGAAGGAGCUUGGAAUAAGGAGAAUCGCUUUUGCAGCUGGGUGGAUCAGAAGCUCAACAGCGACGGCGUGAAGGAGGCCCAGAACUGUGGGAAACAGCUCAGAGCCCUGAACUUUGAGUUCGACCUGGUGUUUACCUCAGUCCUCAACCGGUCCAUCCACACGGCCUGGCUGGUGUUGGAGGAAAUGGGGCAAGAAUGGGUCCCCGUGGAGAGCUCGUGGCGGCUGAAUGAGCGCCACUACGGGGCCCUCAUCGGCCUCAACAGGGAGAAGAUGGCACUGAACCACGGCGAGGAGCAGGUGAGGAUCUGGAGAAGAAGCUACGACGUGACCCCGCCGCCCAUCGACGAAUCCCACCCGUACUAUCACGAGAUCUACAACGACCGCCGCUAUAAGUGCUGUGACGUGUCGGUGGAUAAACUGCCCCGCUCCGAAAGCCUCAAGGAGGUGUUGGAUAGACUCCUGCCCUAUUGGACUGAGAGGAUCGCACCGGCGCUGAAAAGCGGCAAAACCAUUCUCAUCUCCGCCCAUGGGAACAGCAGCAGGGCACUGCUGAAGCAUCUGGAAGGCAUCCCAGAUGACGACAUCAUCAACCUGACUCUUCCUACCGGCGUACCCAUUCUCCUGGAACUGGACGAAAACCUGCGUGCCAUCGGCCCUCACCAGUUCCUGGGCGACCAAGAGGCCAUCCAGGCGGCCAUAAAGAAAGUAGAAGAUCAGGGGAAGGUUAAACGAGCGGAAAAAUAAAUCACAUACACACACACAUACACAAACACACAAACCCUGGGCGUGGAGUGCUUUGGAAGUGCUGAAUCUCUUACGAACUUGCAGUUGCUUAAAAGUGAAUCCAGUAUUGAAGUUAGAGAGCCCCCACAUAGAGCGUAGAUCCUCUUACGGGGCCCCAGCCUCUUCUCUCAGCAGAGGUGUUUUCAGAGUUGGAAGUUGAAGUGUGAAUCUAUUUAUAGCAUUUGCCUGCUUAGUUCCUACGUGAUCUGUCACCCAGCUGGUCACCACCACGGGAGCCCAACUGUUAAAUCAGGAACUGAGAGAGGAGGACAGUGGUGGUUGGAGGGGCUGGGGAUGUCCACAGGCCAAAGAUGAGGUGUUUUGGCCGAGUAGGAAGAGGAAAGUUUGUAUUUUGCCUUGUUGAGUUAUUGUUAAAUUUUCACAACUAUUAAAUGCUGGCCCCGAUUGCACUAAGCGGUAUUAUUAGAUAAUGCACUAGUCUUAAAAUCAUUUUUCUUGUCAGGUUUCUUUUCUCCCUUAAAGGGUAUUCUGGUGGUAUUUAAGACCAAUGGUAUUCUGAAGGAAGAGGUCUAAAGUUGUCUGUGUUUUUCCCCAAAAUAAUGCCCCCUGGUUUGAAGUGGAUUCAGCCCCAAAGUGUUUGCUUUCAUUUUUCAUUUGGCAUUAAUUCUCUGUGGCCUCUCUAGUGAUCAGAGCAUAGAGAAAGGGAGUUUUUCAGGUUGUGAAAUUAUUUUCUAAUCUUAAAAGGAUCAUUCUUUGACUUCAGAUACCUCCUUGAUUGUAAAUAAAGAGGUCUAGCAUGCUAGGUGGACACAGAUUAGGUUAGGAAUAACUUGGGUUUGGAAAUUACAGGCCAUAGGUCCAUCUUUUUUUUUUCUUUCCCUUUUAUGUACAUAGAAGUGUAUAUACAGUUGGAGCUCCAAAAGUUGUAAAAGGGGCCAAGUGAUGAUUAAUGGGUCCUUCCAUGCACACAUUCAAGGACCGUAAUUGUGCUCAGACUCCCAUUCUCCUUACUUAGGGUUAAGCUCAACAUUCUUGGCUAGUGUUGCAAGGAUAUUUUUGAGAUCCAGACACCUGUUUUUUUUAACAGAAUGUUUAAAAGUCUCUUUGGACAUUGGGCACGUAGUCUCCACCAUAAAAGGCCAAGGCAAAGGUGCUUUCUCUAAGUGUUCUUGAGGGAAGAAAAAUAUUGUCACCCAUCUUCAGGGGACAAGUUUUUCCAUCUGUGCUUGCAGGUUCUCAGACAACCUAUUUUUCCAGAAUUUUCCAUAUUGUGGUGCAAGUCCAUUUCCCAGAAGCAUGUAAUUGACUUCUCAGAUUUUUGAAAGUGUCUUUGAGCUGUAAGCUUGCAGUCAAACCUGGCGGCUUCUCGAUCUUCUAGUGGUUGGGAAGCCGGGAUUUCUUGGGGGGCACCUUUGUGAUUACCAGAGGAGGUAGCACUUUGGGAUAAAAGGCAUUUCAAGAGCAGCAUCCCCUUGGGGAUGGAGCAAUAAAUACGAUUGAAUGAGUGGAGACUUCAGAGUUUUCCAAAACCAGUCCAAUCUGUUUCCAGAUUCUCAAAAGAAUGGGUGUGUUUUGACACACUUGACUCUUAUGAGUGCUAAUGAAACUCACUAUGCAAAACCUGUGAUUCUCCCAAAUCAAUUUCCAAGAGUAUACAUGUGCCAAAUUAUAUAUGUGUGUUACCUUUUAUGGUAGUUCCUUUUAGUUUUGUGUAAAAAAAAAAUCAAGCAGUCACAGACGCCUUUGGAAGACAAGCAACACUCAAUUCCUAGAUCUCGGAGGAAUCGGAUCCCUAACAGGGGGUUCUUGGUCUCCUAAACACCAGCUGUACUGAGAGACAACAAUGAGAAUUCUCCAAUCAGCACCUGGGAGUUGUAAGCAUAAAGGCAGCUCCUCUACAUGCUGGAGAAUCCUAGAGAAUCCCUGAAUAACGACCAGGUAGGGUCUCGUGCAUUGCUAGCCUUUUGCAAAAGAGACUCUGUCAAAAUAGAAGGCUCCUCUCUCCGCACUUAUCCCAACUGGAAUAUUUUAAUGUGGCUUUUGAGCCUCUAAGCCUCUCCAUUAGCCUUUGUGUGGCAGGGCAGGGGGCAGCAGGUCGUCUCAGGUAGUGGAGUGUGAGAGGAAAUUAAUAUCUGUAAAUCGCAAUUAUCUCCUGUCUCUUAUGACCCCUUUCUGUCAUCUCAGGUUGUGAUCAGCUCAGGUAGAGCUGUCGUUGCCUAAUACUUGCACUCUAUUUUCAGAGCAACCAAGUUCACUACUAGAUUCCUAAGCGUGCUUCCCCUUAAGGGCACUACGUGUGUUUUGUAUUUUUAAACUAUUAAAAAUUGUUUCGUCUCCUAUUCAAGCCUUUAGAGGAUCGGCGACGGUUUUUUCAGAACAAAUCCGUUUUGUGCCGUUCCAGGCAGCUGCCCAGAAGCCACUUCUCUUUUUCCUUCUAGGUGGCUUUGCUAGUUUGGGAGCCCAAGAGACAAGAUACUGGAAAAUCGGAAAUUAAUUGGUUGUUCUUUCUGGUUUUUUUUUUUUUUAACCUCAAUCUUGUGAAGUUGUAUCGUUCUCUUAUUUUCUUUUACUUCCAUGCUGGUGUUUUCGGUGAAAAGAAACUUUGUCGGGGAGAAGGAACCAAGGAAGAAGAGUUAAUAGUAGGCAGAAUAGAAUUACCACCAGCAGUGGAAUUUGGAGGUACAUUUCUUUCUUAUGCUUAGAAGCAGCUGUUUAGGUGUGUUUUUGUACCUCUGGAUAAGGGGCCAAAGGUUUUGGGGAUUAUGAAGCGGAAGCUCUUGGGAGAUUCCCCUCCCUGCCACUCAAAGCUUUCAAAUGGCCCUAAAGAGACAUAUGCAACCCAUUAUGAUCUCUCAUGUGAGCAGAGCAGGAAGGCAUUUGCAUUUAGCACUAUAGUAGAUGGGGUUAAUGUCUGUUCUUGCAAAACAAAACCUCUUUUUUUUUCCUCUUUGGCUUCUGCUGACCUUGGGAUAAUAUGUGUUAUUGGAUUAGCUUUUGCGUAUUAAGAAACAAAACCAAACAAUAAUAAAAAAAACACCUCAA